UUAACGGAGAUGGGGCAAAAAGGGUAUCAAUCACCGGUGAAGAAACUGUUGUCAUGGGUUCAAAAGCAAUCGAAGAAAGUGAAAAUCGUUUUGUUUAUCAUCACGGUGAUUACUCUAUUGGUGACUCUCAAGUUAGCCGUUCACGAUCACAACUAUUUUUUUGUUAUGGCUGAAGCUAUUCAUUUGAUUGGGCUCUUAGUUUUGAUUUACAAAUUGACAACCCUCAAAACUUGCUCUGGCCUUUCAUUGAAGACUCAAAUGCUUACAGUGAUAUUUUUGGCUGUAAGAGUAUACUGUAGUUUCAUCAUGGAAGGAGAUAUCCACACUGUGUUAGAUCUUAUCACCCUCGUGGCAACAUUGUGGAUUAUAUAUAUGAUGAAGUUCAAGCUAAAGACAUCGUACAUGGCAGAUCUGGAUAACAUGUCCUUAUACUAUGUGAUAAUUCCUGCCGCAGUUUUGGCCUUCUUUGUCCAUCCUACUGUAAAAAGUUAUAUUCUGAUAAAUCGAAUGCUUUGGGCUUUUUGCGUGUAUCUGGAAUCCAUAUCAGUGUUGCCUCAGCUUCGCUUGAUGCAAAAUGUUCAGAUACUUGAGCCAUUUUCAGCCCAUUAUGUUUUUGCAUUGGGCAUUGCAAGGUUUUUGGGUUGUGCUCAUUGGAUUAUUCAGGUUUAUGACAAUGUUGGAUCACCAAUUUUCUUGGAUGAACGUAGUUUCUUAUGGAUACCUAUGGUCUUUUUAGCAGAAAUGGUUCAAACCUUCAUUUUGGCUGAUUUCUGUUAUUAUUACGAAAAAAGGUGA